ACGGUGACUCGUAGCCUUUUAUAAUGGCGGGUUCUUCUGCACCGUCAGGUUCGGGCGUUGAGAAGUACUUCGGCUUGGAGUUGUUGUUUCACUCAUGCAAGGACAAUUUGCGUUCCAAGAACGAUGCAUUAGUAGUGCUACUUCACUACCUGUUUGUGCGGAAUGGAAAACGAUCUGUGGGAGCAGGCGAAGAGUGGACAAAGCCUUCACAGAGCACAGAGCUAUUGCCAGAGGGCUGGAACGCCGACGAAGCAAUCUACUCACUACGCUAUGUCUCCACCACUGGGAAUGACCGGUAUCUCCUGACGGUUGUCAGGGCAGAUGGGUUCUUGCUGGUAAACGUGCUGAACAUUCGCAAAGAACGAACAGCAUCUACAAACUUUUCUGUUGACAAGCAUGUGACCAAUGACUACAAGGACUUUUCCAAGGCAUACAAGGACCUGGACGUGGCAGUUAGUAAAGUGACGGAAGAUAUCAUAUCAGUGAUGGACACUAUCGAUAGCUCAACCGAAGCUGCGUCAUCUAGGCCAUCUCGAAACGUGUCGCAAGAAAGCAACCCUCUGCACAUUCCAAGUCGCCAACCGGGCAUUGAGUGGCAGUCACACCAAGAUUUGGUCAGAGUUGGGCAAAGGGACUUGAACCCUUUCUAUCCGCCUGGUGUUGGUGGUGGCAUGCUCAUGGAUCCUCGUCAAAUGCCACGACCCCAUCAUUCUGACCCCGGCGUUGGCUUUCCCGGGUUGCCAAGGGGAGCUGUACCUCCCGGUGCCAGGUUUGAUCCUUUCUCCCCACCCAAUCCCAACAACCCUGGUGUACCAAGAGGUAUCGGUCCUAACCCCGACCACUUGCCGCCUCCUCCCGACUACGAUGACAUGUUCAGUUAAUCUUCUACGAGGGGAGCAAGGAUGUAAAAUAUCUCUGAACAAACAUGCUCUUUUUGAAAAUAUGACAA